UUGUCACAUGAUUAAUAUUUUACGAACUUCGUUCGUGUAUGAUCAGAGUAACCUCUCAAGGAAUAACUAUUGGGAAUAUUUUUCCUUCUUUGCAGAUCAGACUUUGUAAUCGCAUACGUGUCUAUUUUAUAGCGAUUUUCUGUUUAAACAUUGCAAAAUGACAUCUCUUGUUAAAGAGGGAGACAAAGUUCUUAUGGUGUCAGGAGAUGAAGUAUGUCUUGAUGACAUUGUGGAUUUUGUUGCUGCUAUUAGACAACAUAUCGGUGAUCUUGGCAAAUUAUUAACCACAACUUUGUCGAAUCUGAAAAAAGAAAAUUAUAGUGCUUCUUCUCUCAAUGUUGUUAUUGUUGUCUUGAAACAACCAUGCACAAAUAACGAAUUUCUUGGGGAAGCAUUAAGGAUUUUGGAAGCUGAUGGUUCCUUUGUAAUUUACGAACCACUACAAACAACCAAACAGACAAAUACAAUACUUACAUAUCCUGAAAGAAUAUCUAGAUUACAGCUAUCUGGCUUUAAAAUACAAAAUACAGAACAGGAGAGCUUAGAUGCAGAUAAAGAAAAUAAAAAUUUCUUGAAGAAAGUAUACAAUAAUAUAAAAGAUGUUUGUAAAGUUUCAGCAUGCAAACCUCCGUUCCAGGUGGGUUCUAGCACCACAUUAAAUUUUGGUAAAAGAAAUACUUUAUCUACAAAGGAAAAAAAUACUGUAUGGACAUUAAAUAAUCUUGUGGAUGAAGAUUUGAUAGAUGAAGAUGAACUUUUAGAUGAAGCAGAUCGAGCACGGCCAGAUGUGUCAUUGUUACGAGUAUGUAGUACAACAGGCAAACGAAAGGCAUGCAAGGAUUGCUCGUGUGGACUUGCAGAAGAAUUAAAUGCUGAAGCAUCACAGAAAACUACUGUUAAAUCUUCUUGUGGAAAUUGUUACCUUGGAGAUGCAUUUAGAUGCGCCAGUUGCCCUUAUCUUGGGAUGCCUGCCUUCAAACCUGGCGAGAAAGUAGUCUUGCCUGAUACACAAUUAAGUGUUGAAUAAUAAGUAUAACCUUCUCGUUCUCGUUGACAAUGGUUAUCGGUUCUAAUAGUAGCAAAUUAUAUGUUACGUUAUGAUUCGUACUGAAUUACACUUUGACUUACAUGAGUAACAGUAAAUUACAGUUACAUUUUGAUAAGUAACAAUUGUGCGCGAUUUCGAGGUUUAUUGUCUUAUCAAUUUUAUUUAAGAUAUUCUCUUUCAAUAAACAAAACAAGUUGUAAUUGUCUCCUGGAUAUAUAUAUUUAUAUUUAAUAUAUAAUUGUAUUUAAUAUAUAAGUACUUAAUAUACUGUA